GAGCUGAACUCAUACUUCAAUUUCUCUCGAUCGAAAAGCAAAGAGCAGGAAGCGACGACAGAGUGACCUUGUCGAAAUAUUUUGGUGAUCCAUUCAAAAUCUUUCUGUAACAGCUUUCUGUUUCGAUUCUGUAUUUCUGGCUGCUGUCUAUUGAUUUCUCCAUUAAGUGAAAGGAAAUAUCUGAUUAACUCAUUGCCAACUUCAACCAUUUCAAUAAAAUUCCGUUAGUAGUAAUAUAUAUGCGGAAAACAGAUGACGGGAAGUCAAAAAGGUCAAAGUACGUAAUAUUUACUGAAGCUCUGAAUAAAUCCGAAGGGAGUCGGGUUGCGAAACCUCAUUUAACGGGGUAUCCGUGUAGCAGUAUUCCAUCUCAGUUACCAUCAUCUCAUUCCUUCCGUGAUAAAGAUGAUAACCCAUUUAAAAUACUAUCUCGUAAUAAUAAUAAACACUUGAAACGAAUUGACAAAACUAUAGCUGGUGAUACCGUUUCCGAAUCAUUGGGAGAAAAUAGCGAAUGCUCUAUAAAGAAUAAAUGCAUCACCUCUGGAAAUUCUGGGAAAAGGAAACCAAAGAAAGUCCCAAAUGGUAAUUCAGUAACCUCAAGGUCCUCCUUCAGCAGUAUCAAGUCCAGUACUCCAUUUAUUAGAAGAUUGGAGGAAUUUAUAAUUACGGAUAAUGAGCUAGAAACCUCAACCCCUUUAAGACGUGUGAAAGCUCUUUCCGAAAAACAUAUCGAAAAGAUAGGCAAACCAAAUGAAGUGAAUAAAACCAGGCGACCUACUCGUCUUAAACGAUCUAUUUUGAAUGAGCGUGACUUCCGCAAGGCUCAACGAAGUCAGUCACUUCCAGCCCCGGUAAAAAUUCCUUUCGGAACAACUGAGUCUACCGAUAUGACGAAAAUCACAGAGUUCUGUACUCCCGUCCGUUUUAAUGAUAAUUCCCUAAAAGAAUCCACACCAUCGGAGGUUGAAAAUCAUCUUGUUAGUGAGUUGAUUUCACGAUUGGCUACUUUCCAAGACAGAGCUUAUGUGAUCUAUGCUAAUAGCCCCUUUCAUCGCAAGCGAACAAGGCGUCUUGUUUGUGGUUUUCAUGAAGUAAUCAAACAUUUAAAGUUGAAACACAUGCGAAUUAUCUUUGUGGCUCGUGAUCUAGAGGGAAAUGCUACUAGCCUAUGGCAAGAUAAAAUUAGAUAUGAUGAAAAGGAAGCUGGAACCAAGGUAGUUUUCAGUGCGUUGGAAGAAAUACUUUGCCAGAUUUGGAAACUUGCAGAAGAAUAUGAUCCACCAGUACCGAUAAUCAUUACUCAUACAAGAAGAAAAUUAGCACAUUUAUGUCAUAAACCAAGAGCAGUAUCUGUUGUAGGAAUUAUAAACGCGGAUGGUGCAUAUGAAAUUGAAAGAAAGCUGUUAGAUAUGAAGUCUGGAGUUAAUUUAAGGUAUACAGAAAGUUUGGCGAAUGUAGAAGCAAACGCAGCAAAUAAGCUUAUUGCGGGAAACCCAAAUACUAAUAUUAUCGAUUCCAACCUCGUGGAUUUAUUUUUUUUUCAGGAAACAUUGUUAAAUCCCAUUGGAUCCAUCAAAAUUGAGUGAAAGUUGCUUUAGGUUGAAAUCAAAUAUCGAUAUAUCCUAUCAUUACUGAUAACUGUGAUAAAUCGUCUUUCAUAUUCUACUUGUGUAACAUUGUUGAUUAAUCUUUUAUUUCUUGAAAAUACAUUGUAAACAAUUCUUGCAAUUCGA